UCCAAAUCCAACCAAAUCCACACAUACACAAAAUCACAAAUCCUCAUAAAUUCAGUGACGGGGAAGAUCUUAGCCGUCUUUGUUAAACAAUUUCAAACAGAAAAAUAAAAAUAAAACUAGGGGAAAAAUAAAACGGAGCGAACCGAAAAAGAACUCACUCCUACACUCAAGCAGAGAAAUUUAGGAGAGAGAAAAAUGGGGGCGGGAACAUCGAAGAACUCCGAUAGCACUUCCCAUGGAGAUGGAGAUGGCGAGGAGAGAGAUGAAUAUGAAGGUGGUGGACAGCUCUAUGUUUCUCUUAAAAUGGAGAAUUACACUCUCAAUGCUGACCUUCUUCCUCACGUUUUUGGUUCUGCUUCUUUAGUUGGUUCUUGGGAUUCUUCUAGAGCUCUUCCAUUAGAGCGCGAAUCGACUUCAAUGUGGCAGUUGAGUUUUGUUGUUCCUCCUAAUCAUGAAACAUUGGAUUUCAAGUUCUUAUUGAGGCCGAAGGACAGUAAUAAUCCGUGCAUAAUCGAGGAAGGGCCGAAUAGGAUACUAUCCGGGGGUAGAUUGCAAGGAGAUGCAAGGGCUGCAUUAUUUAGAUUGAAUGCUGAUGCUGUUUUAGAGUAUCGGGUUUGUAUUAACGCCGAUAGAAUUUCUCCCUUUGAUCUCGCAUCGAGUUGGAGAGCUUACCAGGAGAACAUUCACCCUUCAACUGUCCGCGGCAUUCUUGAUGUCAGUAUGAAUUCAGAGACAUGCUUUGAGAGCAGUUCCUCUGCUAAUUUGGAGCUUGAUCUUGAACGUUAUGUUGUUCCGUCUCCUGCAACAUCUGCAACUUCAGGACUGGUGUAUCCGGCUAAUUUGGCAGAAACUCCCAGGUACAUAUCUGCUAGAAAAUACAGCUCAGAAUCAGAUUUCUCGAAAAGUGGUGACACUGGCAGUCAGCCUAUCGGGCCUACAGCUGAUAAGGAAAUGGAGGUAAAAAUACAAGAUCUUGCUAAAGUGUCUACAACUUCUGCUGCGGUAGAAGAUAAACUAGCGACGACUGCUUCACCUACACAGAAGCAGGAAUCUCAUAAGGGAGUUUUUGUGGACAGAGGGGUGGGGUCUCCUAGACUAGUCAAAUCAACUAGUGCUGGUACUUUCGCAGACGAUGUGAAACUUGGAUCGGGAAACAAGACCGCAAUGCCGGCAGCUGCCGGAGCAGUAGCUGCAGCAGCUGUAGCUGAUCAAAUGCUUGGCCCAAAGGAAGAUAGACAUUUGGCUAUUGUGCUGGUUGGUUUGCCUGCUCGAGGUAAGACCUUCACUGCUGCUAAACUGACGAGAUAUCUCCGGUGGUUGGGCCAUGAUACUAAGCACUUUAACGUGGGGAAGUAUAGGCGCUUGAAGCUAGGAACUAAUCAGUCUGCUGAAUUUUUUAGAGGCGACAAUACUGAGGGCAUAGAGGCACGCAAUGAGGUUGCUGCACUUGCGAUGGAAGAUAUGAUAUCCUGGAUGCAAGAAGGUGGCCAAGUAGGUAUAUUUGAUGCUACGAAUAGCACCAGAGAAAGAAGAAAUAUGCUGAUGAAACUGGCUGAAGGAAAUUGCAAGAUUAUAUUUUUGGAGACCUUAUGUUAUGAUGAACGGAUUAUCGAGAGGAACAUACGUCUUAAGGUCCAACAAAGCCCAGAUUAUGCAGAGCAGCCAGAUUUUGAAGCUGGAUAUAGGGACUUCAAACGCCGACUAGAUAAUUAUGAAAAGGUUUAUGAACCAGUGGAAGAAGGAUCUUAUAUAAAAAUGAUAGAUACAGUCAGUGGCAAUGGUGGCCAAAUACAGGUGAAUAACAUCAGUGGGUACCUUCCAGGGCGGAUUGUUUUUUUCUUGGUGAAUACCCAUCUCACACCCCGGCCAAUAUUACUUACGAGACAUGGUGAAAGUCAAGAUAAUGUCAGGGCCAGGAUUGGCGGUGAUUCUUCUUUAAGUGAUACCGGAGAGUUGUAUGCCAAGAAGCUUGCGAACUUUGUAGAAAAACGGCUAAAACCUGAACGGGCUGCGUCAAUAUGGACCAGCACUUUGCAUAGAUCGAUUUCAACUGCAAAUCAUAUCGUUGGAUUUCCCAAGGUGCAAUGGCGUGCACUUGAUGAAAUUAAUGCUGGAGCAUGUGAUGGAAUGACGUAUUUGGAGAUCAAGAUGGAUAUGCCAGAAGAGUAUGAAUCACGUGAAAAAGAUAAGCUUCGGUAUCGCUAUCCUCGAGGAGAGUCAUACUUGGAUGUGAUCCAAAGGCUGGAGCCUGUGAUCAUUGAGCUUGAGCGCCAAAGAGCACCUGUUGUAGUAAUUUCUCAUCAGGCUGUUCUGAGAGCAUUGUAUGCUUACUUUGCCGACAGGCCUUUGAAAGAAAUACCACAUAUUGAGGUACCUCUUCACACAAUUAUAGAGAUCCAAAUGGGAGUAACAGGUGUGCAAGAGAAACGAUACAAGCUAAUGGAUUAAAGUGCCCGGAGAAGCUGUUUGUUGCAUUAUGACAUGGAAAUGCUUCAUUUGAUUUCGGUGUGUUUUAAUUGUUCUCACUUGUCAAUGAAAUUCAAUAUACUAGUUGACAUUUAAAUUUCGUGGUCGUUGUUUUGCUCACUGGCCAACAUUUUUAUUUUUAAAUAUGCUUCAUAUGUAUAAAAGGUUAAUGUGAAAACAAAGUUGUUUAUUUGUCUUUGAAAGAACACAUAUCUGUUUGAUUA